AGCCGGUCAAGAUCUCCUCCAAGAAGAGAGCGAAUUGUUAAUUCGCGUGAAGAGAAGCGAGCCAGGAGCUACAGUAGACGACCGGUGCCAAAGAGGGCUACUACACCUCCCUCCAAAACAAGGAAGCACAGCCCAACACCUGAGGAGGAGGACAUUGUCAGAGAGAGGGAUAAUACCCCUUCUCCUAAGAGAGGGAGACCGGAAACUAAGCAGGACAGGUCAGAUUACAGUGAGAACCCCAGAGAAAAUAGCAGAAGCCCUGUAAGGGAAAGUCCUGCUGCUGAGAGGUAUCAGAGUCCUUCUGAAGCUAAUUGCCGCAGCCCUACCGCUAGUCCUCGCAAUGACAGAAGCCCUGUUGAUGACGAUGAUAAUCAUCAAUCCCCAAGAGGGAGCGAGUCGCCUUAAUUUGCCAAAAAAAAAAAGAGAAAAUGGUGUUGGAAGGAAAA